UUGGAUAACGGGAUAUGAUCGCAUAUUUGUCGUCAAGUACUAUAUACCAUUUAUCGGGAUAUAUGGAAACACCAUCUGGAGGAACUUCAUACCACUUUAAUCAUCGACAUUCAUCGAUGAGAUUACCGUUGAAAUGACUCUCUUGAUAAUUUCAAAGUUGAAUAAAAGACGUCCUUUCUGGUUUCAACUGAUAUAAUUCAUAAUUAUCUUUGAUGUGAAUACGCAAUUCUUUUCCUAGCAAGAAUUUUCAAGUGAUUAGUGAGUGUUUAGAAUCCAUUGAUGUGUUUAAUUCUAUGGCAAUUGGUUCUGUAUUUUUAAUUAGCCUAUGAUUGAGAUUUUAAAAGGGUGCAGGAUGUGUUUAAUUCUAGGGUAAUUAGUUCUGUAUUUUUCAAUUAGGAUAGGAGGUAUGCAGAUCGCCCCACGUUAAGCCCACUUGUUGCCUUUCACGUCUGGCCUUGCCAAAAAAAUUCAUAAAGCAAACACGGCCCAAGCUCAAUGUGUCUCAUGUCGGCCGUACUUUUUUUUUUUGUGCCCGAGUCAGGCCAUGUUUUUUUCGUGUCGGGGUCUCGGGCCAUCCCGGACCAGUGUCAUCUUUAGUCGUGAUUGUUUUUUUAUAGAAAGAAAGACAUUUUUGCAAAGUUAAGGAUUAAGGUAAUUAGAUAAAUCAUACUACGUAAAAUCAAUAUAGAUAAGUAACAUAACUAAUACUGAAUAUAUGCCCCAAUUUGCUUUCCCCUCUUACAUUAUUCCCUUCUCCUAAGAGAUUUUUCUGACCCCCACAAUGAAGGGUUUGUAUUUAUAGCUUUUUGGGAAAAGUACUACGUCAACUUUUACCCUAAAAUCAAGGCAUAUGAUUGGCUCAUUCAUGUCAUAAGAACGGGAGAUGAUACAGUUACACUGGGGGUAAUUGGGGCCCAGGUACACUGCCAUCUUAGUGGUCCAAAUCAGCAUGGAUUAAUUGAGUUUUAGGGGGAAAUGCAUUUGGUUUUAGGGGGAAAAUAUUUGGCAUCAACCGCCCUUUAGUGUUUUCAAGCGGGAACAUUACCUCCCCUUUCCUCCCCAAAACAAAUCCCGCCCAAGCAGCAAAAUAAUUAAAAAAAAAAGAAAUAAAAAUUCAAUCUUUAACUUUAAAAAAAAAAGCUCAUUCAACCUUCAACGGUAAUAUUUUCUGGAAAACGGUUCAGCAAAGAAAAUAAAGGCAAAGCUGAAGGGGUUGUAUCAUCUCCCAUUUUAUCGAGUUUGCCACAAACAAAAACGCACAGGAAAGUUUUUAGCAAAACGUUUAGAGCUGCUACAACAUUAUUAAGCUUCGAAAUUCAGCUUCGAAAUCUCGCUUCGAAAUUAAUGUAAGUUUUUCGUUAAAUUGUUUUUGUCAAAUGUAGUUAAUUAAUUCCUGAAAAUAACAAUGCUAUAUGAAUGUUUUAUUUUUGGGUAGUUAAAUUUGUUUGAAUUAAUGAAAAAUUGGAGUUUCAUGAUAUUGAUGAAUCUUGAUUGUUUGGCAGAUAUUGAUGAGUUAAUGAAAAAUUGUAGUUUCAUGUUAAUUUGAUAAAUUUGUUUUUGGUGAGAAAGUAGAUCUGCACGACGGAGAAAACAAGGUGUUUUUUUUGUUUAUUUCAUACAUUCUAUAAUUACGUAGUAUUAAGAAUGUUAUUAAGUUGUAUGUUAUCCUAUAUGGUUAAACACUAAACUAAGUGGUUAUUCUAAAAUCGUUGUAUAUAAUUUGUUUGUUUGUUGUAUUUUAUAAAACCCUAAACGUUUGGCAGCAUUUUAUAAAACCCUAAACGUUUUUCGUAUUUUGUACAACAGUGAUAUACGUGGGAGUUCUGUAUGGCUUGGGUAGACCUAAACGAAAGUGUCCCUGAUCUGAAUGAAAAUGUUCCUGAAAGCUCACAAUAUAGAUUAAUAACUGAUGGACAAGAAGUUAUCGUUAACCCCCCUAGUGUAGGGAUGUGUUUUACAACGGGCCAUGAGUUUUUCGAAUUUUGUCAGUUGUAUGCCUUCAAAGAAGGAUUUGAGAUGUUUAUCAAAAGUAAUAAGCUGAAAAAAGAGUACAAAGAAAAGGGAGUAUCUAAGUCUGGUGUGGGAAAGUAUGAGGCAAAGCCGCAUAUGAUGGAACUUAUUAGAUUAAAAUGCAAGAAGGGAGGGGUGAAAAAAGGUGUUGGGUCUAAUGUGACCGGUUGUAAGAUGAAUAUUUACGGUGUAAGUAGAGAUGGGCUAUUUACUAUAUUGACUUGUGACUUGCAACACAAUCAUCCUUUAAAUCCUGACUGUAGUAGACUGAUGGUUAAUUAUAGAUGUAUAGACGGUACUACAUUUAAGAGGGCGAUGAUCAAUGACAUGGGUGGUGUUAGCAUAAGUAAGAACUUUGGUACGCAUCUAAUUGAAAAGGGAGGUUAUGAAAAUAUUACAUUUAAUAAUAGAGACUUGAGGAACGCAAUCAACGUCGAACGUCGUUCAUCAAGAUUUAGUGCUGCAGAUGCCGCAGGACUCGAUGCUUACUUUAAGGCACAACGUGAUUUGCAUCCCGAGUUUUAUAGCUCAAUACAAGUAGAUGAUGAUGGUGUUUUUACGAAUGCAUUUUGGUCGGAUGCACGUAGUAGGGGUACAUGCAAAUAUUUUGGGGAUGUUAUUACUUUUGAUACUACUUUCGCUUGCAACCGGUAUCGGAUUCCAUUUGCUCCAUUCAUUGGUGUAAACCAUCAUGGCAAAUCAAUUAUAUUUGCUGCGGCCUUAAUUUCCCAUGAAAAUACUCCCUCAUUUGUUUGGGUAUUUGAAGAAUUCCUGAAGUGUAUGGGGAAGGCACCACUAGGCAUCUUAACCGACCAAGACAAAGCAAUUUGUAGAGCAAUUGAGCUAGUCUUCCCGGGCGUCCGUCACAGACUAUGUUUGUGGCACAUGCUCCAGAAUGCUAGUAAGAACCUAGGUAGUCUCAGUGAUUGGAAGAAAAUAGACACCCUGAUCAGAACUGCAAUACAUGAUCUGAUUGAUCCAGAUGAGUUCGAUGAAGCUUGGUGUCAUGUGAUGGAUGAGUACGGUUUAAGGGGUCCUGGGUGGAUGAAGGACGCGUAUGAUAACAGGCGUCAGUGGGCUCCGGCAUAUAAUAGAGGAAAGUUUUGGGCAGGUAUGUCUUCUACACAAAGGAGUGAGGGUAUGAAUAGAUUUUUUAAAACUCACGUGAACUUAGAUUGUGGUUUAGUUUUGUUCAUUCAUAAUUAUGAAUAUUGUAUGAGGAUAAAAGCUGAGGAAGAGAAACAGGAUAAUUUUGAUAACAUUGAUAAGCCUGCUAAGAUUGAUGUUGAUAAGAGUGUUUUAGUUGAGUAUGUAUUGGUUAAGACGUACACUAGUGAGAAGUUUGCUGAGGUUGUUAAAGAGCGUAGAGGAUUGACACACACAAAUGUCACGAAAACCUCAUGUCAUGGAUCAGUGGUGUUGUAUAGAGCUGAUGAAAAACUAACCUCACCGUUUUGGCGGAAAAGGUUUAAAAGUUAUGAUGUUAGGGUGGAUAAGGAAAAUGGUGAUUUACAUUGCUCUUGUAACUUGUUUGAAUUUACGGGAAUACUUUGUAGACAUAUAAUGCGUGCAAUGGAUGUAGAGGAUUUUCAAUUUGUUCCAGAAAAGUACAUACUACAACGGUGGAUGAAGUGUGUUAGGUCGUACGAGAGCAUUCGAGUAUCUUACUUCGACCCUCUUGAAUCUAUCAGAUUGGGCAAAGCCAAAGAGCUUUCACAACGGCAUAAUUACUUGUCUGAAUUAGCUAUGCGUAAUGAUGAUGCACUUCGGUUGUACAAGGAGGCUAUGGAUGUUGUGCGGCUAAAAAUGGAGGAUGUAGUCGGAAUACGAAAGACUGGGGAAAAAGGGGACGACCUUAUAUGUUGGUGGGACCCAGAUGCGAGAAAUGUAUUUGGUCGUCGAAGGCUACGUCCACGAGAAUUUGGUGAGAGAGCCAGAUUAAGGGAUGUAGAACCGGUCGUGGACGAGAACAGGAUCAAAACACCGGUUGACAAACGGCAUACUGGUAGGGCAAAGACAAAAAGGAAUGCUCCUUUUGGUGGAAAGGCCGGUGGGAAUUCUAAGAACAAAAAAGUGGUUACUGAAGAGGAAGUUAUUGCUAAUGAGGAACUUAUUUGCAACGCAUUUGGAAAUCUUCCAAGUUACCGUGCUAGGCAACAACACGCGAAUCACGUUGGGGGUACAUAUGCGGAGAACGUCCCACAAAGUUCUAAUGUACAUCCUUCUCAAAGUUCUCAAGCACACCCGUCCCAAUUACAUUUGUCUCAGGAUUGUUCACAGUCAUUUGAAUUUGAUAUUAACGAUUGGCGCACCAGAUUGUGAAUGUUUUGUGUAAAUGUAAUUUAAUUUGAUUUCUUCAAAGAUAUAUUUUCGUUUAAACGGUAUUUUAAGAAUUGAAUUUUUUAAUCCAAUCCUCCCUUU